AUGGCCUCCAACGAGCAAGCUUUCCGCUCCCAGCUCUCUCAAUUCCGAUGGGCACGCGGAUCUACAAACGAUUCGCGACCAGCAGCGACAAACGCAGCGGCCAACAACAACAGCGGCGGCUUCUUCUCGCGGACAUAUAACACAAUAUCUACCACAGCGAGCGGAUAUAUUCCUCUACGGAGUAAUGAGCGUACAAAUGAGGAAGAGGCCAUGUUUGCGCUCUCGAGAUGGGAACGACUCGUUGGAUUCAUUAUGUGCAUCCUCGGCGCUGCUGCUUGUUUUGCUAUUGCAUUUUUCAUCCAUUUGCCCUUCUUUGCACUUCGUCCAGCAAAAUUCGCUACUUCCAUAACACUGGGCAGCAUACUCGUCAUGCUAGGAUUUAUGAUUCUUAUUGGCCCAAUGAACCAAAUCAAACACUUAAUCUCACCAGAACGUCUCCCCUUCUCCGCAGCAUACAUUGGCUCGCUAGUACUCACAAUCUACUUUUCCAUGGUCAACCCUUCCUACAUUGGUGCCAUCGUGGCCGCAGUCGUCCAAGUCGGCGCACUCCUUUCGUACAUCGCCGCCUACUUUCCCGGUGGAAUCCAGACCCUCAAAUUCGGUGCACAAAUGAUUAUGCGUGGCGCAGGCAACAUUCUCCCCGUCUGA